AUCCGAACACAACAACAUGUAUGACGCAACUGGUCGGUGCGCAUGCGCAUAGCGCAGACAGCUGGUAGUUCAUCUAUUAUGCUACUUGGCUAAAAGAAAAAGAAGCAGAAAUUGGAGCGGAGUCGCUGCAACCGAGGACCGCAAACACAGCUGUGCGAUGGGAGUUUUUCCUCCAGGUGGAGCUGAAGAACAACACAAAAAGCUGAAGACACACUAACAGACCAAAACGCGCUUUCGCACCCUGUGGUGGAUUUUUUUGUUUCCUUUUUUUUUUCCUCCCUUAAAUCUUGGGGCCAGACACUGCCGUCCCACGCUGCAUUGCUUCGUCGCUGCCGUCCACCAUGUCGGACGCCCCAGAGGCUGCACCCCCCAGCCCCCCUCCCCUCACCAACCCGCCCCCACCUGAGGUGACAAACCCAUCCAAACCUGGCAGGAAAACCAAUCAGCUGCAGUACAUGCAGAACGUGGUGGUGAAGACGCUGUGGAAGCAUCAGUUUGCCUGGCCUUUCUACCAGCCUGUGGACGCCAUCAAACUGUGCCUGUCGGACUACCACAAGGUGAUCAAAAACCCCAUGGAUAUGGGAACAAUCAAGAAACGUCUGGAGAACAAUUACUACUGGAGCGCCAGUGAGGCCAUGCAAGAUUUCAACACCAUGUUCACCAAUUGCUACAUCUACAACAAGCCUACAGAUGACAUCGUGCUUAUGGCCCAGGCUCUGGAGAAAAUCUUCCUGCAGAAAGUGGCUCAGAUGCCUCAAGAGGAAGUUGCACUGCUGCCGCCGGCACCCAAAGGCAAGAACAAGAACAAGCAGCCCACCACUCCAGUGAGUCAGCAGGCGGAGUCUUCAGCAUCCCCGCCCACCUCCUACCCCUCCCCAUCUCCUUCCCAAACGCCAGUCAUCUCGACAGUGCCCACUCCGGUCCAGGCCACGCCCCCUGUUGCUGCCCCACAGCCCCCGGCUGCUCUGAUGCCUUCUGCACAGCCUGUUGUCAAGAAGAAGGGAGUGAAGAGGAAAGCGGACACCACCACUCCCACCACAUCUGCCAUUUCUGCCAGUCGCGCCGACUCCCCGUCUCCUCAAGACAACAAGCCAGCAAAGCUGGGCUCAUCCCGCCGUGAGGCUGCUGCGCGGCCCGCCAAGGCCCGCAGGGAGACCGGUGAGGAGUCCCUGGGGGGUGAAGUAGGCGGAGGUGGAGGAGGAGGCAGCGGGAGGAAGAGUGGAAAACCGGGCGAGCAGUUGAAGCAUUGUGAUGCCAUUCUGAAGGAGAUGCUGUCCAAAAAACACGCUGCCUACGCAUGGCCGUUCUACAAACCAGUGGAUGCUGAGGCCCUGGAGCUGCAUGACUACCAUGACAUCAUCAAACACCCCAUGGACCUCAGCACAGUCCGGAAAAAGAUGGACAAAGGCGAGUACAGCGAUCCUCAGAGCUUUGCGACAGACAUCAGGUUAAUGUUCUCCAACUGCUACAAGUACAAUCCUCCAGACCACGAGGUGGUGGCCAUGGCCCGUAAACUGCAGGACGUAUUUGAAAUGCGUUUCGCUAAAAUCCCAGACGAGGGCCUGGAGGCCUCAGUCCCAUCUACCACACCAUUGGUCAGUAAAAGCACCGCCUCCUCCGACAGCAGCAACAACUCCUCCUCUGAUGAAUCCUCGGACUCAGAGGAGGAGCGAGCCACCCGAUUGGCUGAGCUACAGGAGCAGGUUGGUGCUGCCGACCAAUCACAGCUGAAGGCGGUACACGAGCAGCUGGCUGUCCUGUCCCAGGCUCCCGUCAGCAAACCAAAGAAGAAGAAAGAGAAGAAAGACAAGGAGAAAAAAAAAGACAAGGACAAGGAGAAAGUCAACAAGAGUAAGAUAGAGGAGGAGAAGAAGCCCAAAGCCGCCACCCAGCAGCCCAAACCAGCCAAUCAGAAGAAAGCACCUGCAAGAAAGGCCAACAGCACGGUGACCGCCACCAGGCAACCUAAGAAAGGAGGGAAGACAUCAGGUGGCGGUUCAGCGAACGGAGAAGAUGGCGAGGAAUCGUCUUUGCCGAUGUCAUAUGAUGAAAAGAGGCAACUGAGUCUAGACAUAAACCGACUGCCGGGUGAGAAGCUGGGCCGUGUCGUCCACAUCAUCCAGUCCAGAGAACCUUCACUGAGAGACUCCAACCCCGAUGAGAUUGAGAUCGACUUUGAAACCCUCAAACCCUCCACACUUCGAGAGUUAGAGCGCUACGUCAAAUCCUGCCUGCAGAAGAAGCAACGGAAGCUAAUGCAGAAGGCAGCGGGAGGUGGAGCCUCUGGGGGUGGGGCUAGUCGUUUGAGUGGCAGCUCCUCGUCCUCCUCUGAUGACAGCUCCUCGACGGGGACCUCCUCUUCGUCCGACACAGACUGAACUCACCGUGCGAAUCACAGACUCCAUGUAAAUAGGCUGACAUGUUUGUUUUUUUCCCAGCUCUUCGUGUCAUUUUUCUGGAUGAACUCGGACAGAUUGACCAUCAGGAUUCUGAACACUCAGUCCACCAAGGCUUUCUUCACUUCCUGUGCGGCCGUGACCCCUGACCUCUGAUAACAUUCCAAGUCAUCACGUUGGCGAGGCUUUAUGGUUUAAACCACUUUGGACCAACGAAUCCUUCAGAUCUGAAACAUGAUUCACAUUUAUCACUGUCAACCUUAUCAUUGCAUUCUGUUUUAGUCACAUGACCAAGACAUCAUGACAAGAGAUUGGUGUGUUCGAGUGUGCUGGGACAUGAGACCUCAAAAUGUCAGUGACUGUUCCGCUGACUAGUUUUUUGUGUGUGGGGGGGGGUGGAUUUUUCACCAACGCCUUUCUCCUUCUUUUAUGAUGUUUGAAUGAGAAAAGAGGUUUACUGGACAUUUUGUUGCAGGAAGGCAUGUGUGCGCUUUCAUCCAUCUGGUGGUGAGGUCCCUGUGAGCUCAGAGCAACAAGGCUUGAGCAUCAUCAGAGUGCUCAAUACUGACCCGAGCGUCAUCAGAACGCUCAGUACUGACCCGAGCGUCGUCAGAGCGCUGAGUACUGACCCGAGCGCCGUCAGAGCGCUCAGUACUGACCCGAGCGUCGUCAGAGCGCUGAGUACUGACCCGAGCGUCGUCAGAGCGCUCAGUACCGGCCCGAGCGUCGUCAGAGCGCUCAGUAUGGCUCGAGUGUCGUCAGAGCGCUCAGUACCGGCCCGAGUGUCGUCAGAGAGCUCAGAGAGCUCAGUACCGGCCCGAG